AUGCCUCCGAGUAACAAUGGAGGCUCCUCGGCAAACACACAUCCGCGUCCUCCAAGGAGUCUCAAUCGAUCGAUACAACCGCUGAAUGUCUCCACGCUGACAAAUGGCACGCAGCAAACGCAAAACAGUCAUGUCCCGAACGGGCACGUGCCAAAUGGCAAAGUUAUGAAUGGAUAUCCACCGCGGAUGCCAAUUUAUCAUCCGACACCGAUACCUGCUCCGUCAUCCAUGUCGUCGCAAAAUAACUUAAUUUACAACAAAGAACGUGCGGGAGCGAGAGAAGCUCUUACUAGCUUAGGAUUAUUAUGUUUAGUCUCACUCUUAUUAGCGUUAUUAUCUCUCAUAUUCCUGCUAAAAAUAUCUCCCGGAGGUCGAGAACCGCCGCCCCCGCCGAUGCUCACAGCGCCCGAAGACUAUGCCAUCGUGUAUGAUGUGACACUCGCUCUUUGCGCUCUCUCGCUGUCCCUCAACCUCUGCUGCUUACUUGUCUGCGCCAUUCAAUUUCUGUUUGCCGUCAAACUUGUGAGAACGCCGCCUCAACCAAUCACUGGAAGAGGCAACAAGUACUUGGAAAAGUCGAGUGUGAGUCGCGUUUGUGCUGUCGGUGGAUUCUUCAUCUCCAUUCCAAUCUUCCUAACAGGCAUCAUCUUGUACACAUUCACGCAAUUCCAUUCAACACCUGCCAUCGUCACGAGCAUUCUCAUCGGCAUCGGGAUCCUCUUUUGCGGCGGUGCGAUGGUUCACAAUGUCUUCGUAUGGCAAAAAGAGAAAACCAUCAGUGUGCGUCAAAUGGCCAUGCCCCUGAAUAUCAGUGCAAUUUCGCAAGGCACGACGCCAUAUCUCAAUCAUCAGCUCAACAGCACUGCCACGAGCAACCAUCAAGUUAGUUUUAAUCCGAAUUUGACUUACAACACCAACAACAACAACAACACGGCGCAAACGACGCCCGUAACGCAAUUGACGCCAAUGUCUGGGGCGCAUUCUCACAUCAGUUUUGGGCAUCCGUAUUUGCCGUAUGGCGUAAGAACGGCAACAGCAACGCCUCCGACACCGAAAGUUGGACCGAUGGGACCAAUUGGACUCGUGGCACGUGAUGCGAGUGGAUCAAUUAGUCCGGGAAUUGGACCGGCACCGACUUUGGAUGUCAGCAGUGUUACGGCAACGAAUUCGCCACAUCACGAACUAUCGACUUUAGUUUAGAUAUAAAAUUAGUUUAGAUAAGGUUGAAUCAAUUUUUAAAUUUUUUGUUCUUUGUUCCAUUU